CUCAGUGUUCUGUGGGAGGUAGAUGCGCAUGCGCGCACGCGGCCCCUCGACUGCUCUCCUGCCUAGCUCCGUCCUGGUCCUCCUACAACGACAAUGAAGCAGCAGCAGCCGGCGGCCGCGAGCGCGGGGGUCCCGGCCUUCCUGAGCAAACUGUGGGCGCUGCUGGGGGAGGCGCCCAGCAACCAGCUCAUCACUUGGAGCCAGAAUGGCCAGAGUUUCCUGGUGUUGGAUGAACAAAGAUUUGCAAAAGAGAUUCUUCCCAAGUACUUCAAGCACAACAACAUGGCGAGUUUUGUGAGACAGCUAAAUAUGUAUGGCUUCCGUAAAGUAGUCCAUGUUGACUCUGGCAUAGUCAAAUUGGAACGGGAUGGUCCUGUGGAGUUCCAGCACCCAUACUUCAAGCAGGGCCGUGAUGACUUGCUGGAGCAUAUUAAAAGGAAGGUUUCCUCUUCAAGACCUGAAGAAAAUAAAAUCCGUCAGGAAGACCUGUCUAAAAUCAUAAGCAGUGCUCAGAAGGUGCAAAUUAAACACGAGACCAUCGAAUCCAGGCUGUCUGCCUUAAAAAGGGAAAAUGAAUCUCUUUGGAGGGAAGUGGCAGAAUUGAGAGCAAAACACUUGCAGCAGCAACAGGUUAUUAGAAAGAUUGUACAGUUCAUUGUUACUCUGGUGCAGAAUAACCAGCUAGUGAGUCUAAAACGCAAACGGCCACUACUUCUGAAUACCAAUGGACCUCCAAAGUCCACUAUGUUUCAGCAGAUUGUCAAAGAACCAGCUGACAAAAACCGUCAUGUACCACACAGCAGAACUGAGGGACUAGAGCAGAGGGAGCAGAUUUCAGAUGACAUAAUUAUUUAUGAUGUCACUGAUGAUAUUGGUGAGGAAGAAAAUACUAUGGAUGAAGAAAGUGCUCCCAUUACUCCAGAAACAAAUGAGGAUGUUACAUCAGACUCUUCCAACUGUAGUCAUUCUCCUGAUAUUGUAAUUGUAGAAGAUGAUAAUGAGGAUGACAACAUCCCUGUAAUUCAAGGGGAUAAAAAUACAGAACCAAUCACUAUCCCAACCAGUGAUCCCCUCAGUCCUGUCAGUGACAGUACAAGCCCUCUCAUGUCUAGUGCUGUUCAACUGAACAACCAGUCAACUCUAACUGCAGAAGACCCUGUCUCAAUGAUGGAUUCCAUACUCAGUGAGAAUGGAGUAAUUUCACAGAACAUCAACCUUCUUGGAAAAGUUGAGCUAUUGGAUUAUCUUGACAGUAUUGAUUGCAGUUUAGAAGACUUCCAAGCCAUGCUGUCAGGACGACAGUUCAGCAUAGACCCAGAUCUUCUGGUUGAUCUUUUUACAAGCUCCGUGCAGAUGAAUCCCACGGAUCAUAUCAGUAAUACAAAAACAAAAGGAAUAGAAACUACAAAGAGUAACGGACCUCAGCCUGCUUCACAAGACGCACAAAGUUCUAAGCCCAAAUCAGAUAAACAGCUCAUUCAAUAUACUGCCUUUCCACUCCUUGCAUUCCUUGAUGGAAGUCCAGGUGCAACUGUUGAGGGUGGAAAUUCAACAUCUGAAACCAUGUCCUCCCCAGACAAACCCUUAGAAGUGGAUGAGCUUCUGGAAAGCAGCCUGGACCCUGAACCAACUCAAAGCAAGUUAGUGCGGCUGGAGCCACUGACUGAGGCAGAAGCAAGUGAAGCCACACUGUUUUAUUUAUGUGAACUUGCUCCUGCACCCAUGGACACAGAUAUGCCAUUCUUGGAUAACUAACAUAGCAGGAACUUUGUAUAUAUUCAUCAAAACGAACUAUUUAUUUAGGAUAUCGUUUGGUAUCGUUCUGGGUUUUUUGAUAAAUACUUCGGUUAGUAUAACCAACUAUUGUGGAAUCUCUCUCCUUUCCUCCCCACAAACAGCUCUUUGAAUAUGUGUAAGUAGUUGUGUACUUAUACAAGACAUCAUA